AGAGAGGGAGAGAGAGGGAGAGAGGGGCUGGAGGAGGCGCAGCUCACACUGCGGAGGAGCAUGUCCGCUCCCUCACGCGCACAGAGACGCUCCAAACAGCGGCGCGGCGCAGCCGGCGCGUCCCCGCAGCCUCCGCGCUAAAGUCCCGCAGACGCACCGAGGAAGAGAAACCCGCCGCCUCCGCCGCCGCAGCAGCAGCUGUCUGCGGUCCACCCCCCUCCUCCUCCUCCUCCUCCUCUUCCUCCUCCUCCUCCUCCUCCUCCUCCUCCUCCUCCUGCCGUCCCGUCGCCAGGAUGGACAAGGCGCUCUGCAGUCCGCAUCCCGGGACCAACAGGACCAACUCCCCGGGCUCCGCGUCCAGGAAGCCCGGCGCGCGCAGCGCGUCGCACAGCCCCGGAUCGGGAUCCGCGAGCGGCCCGGGCGGAGCGGCGGGCAGCCGGGGGAGCGUGCAGGGCAGCGGCAUGAAUCUGCAGCAGCAGCAGCAGCAGCAGCAGGCGCGAAAGAGGCAGCUGGAAGGAGUCCUGAGCAAAUACACCAACCUGAUCCAGGGCUGGCAGAACAGGUACUUUGUGUUGGACCCGGAGCUGGGGCAGCUGCAGUACUUCGUCAACGAGCAGGGGAAGAGCCAGAAGCCCCGGGGGUCGCUGCCCCUGAUCGGCGCCUCGGUGACCACCAGCGACGAAGCUCCACACAUGUUCAUCGUAAACUCGGUCAACGGAGAGCUGUACAAGCUCAGAGCCUCGGAUGCCAAGGAGCAGCAGUUCUGGAUCAGUCAGCUGCAAGCGUGUGCCAGAAGACACUCUGACAGCAGUGCCAAGGUGAGGAAACUAAAGGGGUCGGACGAGCACCUGAGUGUGGAUCGAGCGGCGGGAGGCCAGGAGGUGCUGGGAUACUCCUCCUCCUCCUCCUCCUCCGGUCGGACCCGUAGUUUCUCCCUCCUCCCCCACCUCACCCCGUCCUCGUCCCCGGGUUCCCAGCGGCACCUGAGCCACGCGGCCUCGCCCGGCAACAUCGUCACCAUCACUCACCACAAAUCUCCAGCGGCAGCUCGGCGGGCCAGGAGUCAGUACCCAGGACGGCUGCUGGAGGUCAAAGAGGUGAUGUCUCAGGCGGAGGGCCAGCAGAAGAACCUGGUCCAGUCCAUUGACUCCCUGCCCACCCGGGGCCCGCUGUCCUGCCUGGACCAGGACCUGCUGCUGCUCAAGGCCACGUCGGCCGCCACGCUCAGCUGCCUGGGAGAGUGCCUGAACAUCCUGCAGCAGACCCAGAGCCGCAGCCAGGCGCCGCCUCAGUCCCACGCCUCCUCCCAGCGCAACCACGCCGCCCACGGAGCGCCCUCCGAUGGUGCUCCUGUGUGGACUGUACCAAAGUCGCCCUCCGGGGAGCCGCUGAAGAACGGAGGGCUGACUCCUCUGCGAUCGGCCGAGCCCUCCCCGGCCCUCAGGAAAAGGAGUCUGUCCCAUGGUGCUGAGCACCACUCAGGGCUGGAGGACAUCAGCCCCGCUGAGGAGGUGACGGACACGGAGGACAACGAGGAGGAGGACCUGGGCGUGCUGGACGACCAGCGCAGCAUCAUCCUCCACCUGCUGUCCCAGCUCAAACUGGGCAUGGACCUGACCAGAGUGGUUUUGCCGACCUUCAUCUUGGAGAAGCGGUCGCUGCUGGAGAUGUACGCCAACUUCAUGGCCCACCCCGACAUGUUCCUGUCCAUCACGGCGGGCGCCACGCCCGAGGACCGGAUCGUCCGCUUCGUGGAGUACUACCUGACCGCCUUCCACGAGGGCCGCAAGGGCGCCGUGGCCAAGAAGCCCUACAACCCGGUGCUGGGUGAGACCUUCCACUGUUCCUGGGAAGUUCCCCGAGAGAGGGUCAAGCCUCCGGCGCGGUCCAGCGGAGGGUCGGCCCGGGAGCCCGGCAGGGGUCCCAACAACUCGCAGCAGCAGGGGGACGACUCGCCGGGCGGCUGCUACAGGGUCCGCUUCGUGGCCGAGCAGGUGUCCCACCACCCGCCGGUGUCCGGGUUUUACUGCGAGUGCCGGGAGAGGAGGAUGUGCGUCAACGCGCACGUGUGGACCAAGAGCAAGUUCAUGGGGAUGUCGAUAGGCGUGUCCAUGGUGGGAGAAGGCGUUCUGUGUCUGCUGGAGCACGACGAGGAGUACGUGUUCACGCUGCCGUGCGCCUACGCCCGCUCCAUCCUCACCGUGCCCUGGGUGGAGCUGGGGGGCAAGAUCUCCAUCAACUGCGCCAAGAGCGGCUACUCGGCCACCGUCACCUUCCACACCAAGCCUUUCUACGGGGGGAAGGUGCACAGAGUGACGGCAGAGGUCAAACACAACCCCACCAACACCAUCGUGUGCAAAGCGCAGGGCGAGUGGAACGGCACGCUGGAGUUCACCUACAGCAGCGGCGAGACCAAGGUCAUCGACACCGCCAGGCUGCCGGUCACCAGGAAGAGGCUGCGGCCGGCGGAGAGGCAGGGCCGGACCGAGUCCAGGCGGCUGUGGCAACACGUCACCAAGUCGCUGAAGGAGGGAAACAUCGACGGCGCCACGGAGCACAAGCACCGGCUGGAGGAGUGCCAGCGGGCCGAGGAGAGGAAGAGAGCGGCCGACAACAAGCUCUGGACGCCCAAGUACUUCACGAAAGAGGGCGACGGCUGGAUCUACAACAACCCGCUGUGGAAGUCCACCUGACCCCGGAACGACCCAUCGGUCACGGACGGCGCUCCGGACGCGGCGGCUCCUCGGGGACGGCGGCAGAGCGGGGCCGGCGCCCCCCGCAGGCCUUCAGACUCACUGCGCCACACAAACAGGAAACCAGUACGGUGCCAAAGGGAUCCCGGACGUUUGAACCCGGAGACGGUUCGGGACUCGGGACACAAAAUCCCUGGUUUUUAUAAGCAGUUGAUAGUAUUACUAUUCAGAGUAGAGUAUUUCUAUUUUUCACCUUGCCAAGGCCUUUUUUUGCACACGCACAGUAACGACGUUUGCCACUGGUGUUUUGUUUUUUUGGGUUUUUUUUUCCAGACAGCGUUGAUGUUCGGUUCCGAGCUUCUUAGUUUGGCCUCGCAGACGUCUCCCGUAUCACAUUAAACUGUAGCCCAGUCGGUUCGAGAAGCACUUUUAACCGUGGAGACCAACCCCGUGUUUCAUACCUGUGCCCCCCCCCCCCCCCCCCCCCCCCCCCCCCCCCCCGACCCCACCGCCCCCCUCAGUCAGGGUGAGUCUCUCAGAGCUUUACGGGACAGAAACGCCACCUGGAGCCAUCUGAACCCAGAUUAUAUUUCUAUACAUUAUAUUACAGCGAGCUACUAGAAAGUGAAGGUCCUGAUUGUUUCGUCUGCACUAUGAAUGUAUCUAGCCACAUUUUAUUAGCCCAGUAUGCUACUCCCCCGUCUGAAACACCCGCUUACCGUCACGUCGUUCCCGUUACUACCUCUGGUUUAGUUACAUCACGUUUUGGUAUCUUCCGAAAGGAAACGGCGGUUUGCUUGUGGCUAAAAGCUGCCGGGUCGUCUAGCGGUGCGAUUAGGCCGACCGGCAGGAGGCGACGCCGAGAUAAGGAGCAGCCGCCAUGUUUCUGUGAGGCGGCGGCGGCGGCGGCGGCGGCGGCGCUGAAGACGAGGUGGGAAUCAACCACAAGGCCUUCGCUGC